GGAAGAAAAGUAAGAAAAGAGAUUUACCCAAGCUUAAACAAAGUAAAAGGAGGACUCUCGUCGAUUAAAAGAUGGAUUCUCUAAAGUAAAACAAUCUACGAUCGAAAUCUAGGGUUUGAUCGAUCCAAUCUUCUUUGUUUUUUUUUUCUAUUCGUUUGUUUUGGGUUUCCCUCUUGAAACUAUCAUCAUGAACUGCGAAGUCUGUCAACUCAAAGAACUGAAAGUGGAGCAUUUCGAAAUUCGCGAAGUUUUGCGUUGCAUUUUACAUACUAUUGUGUUUCAUAGAGCAUUAGGUCUACUUCGGCCCAAAGAUGUUGAUUUGGAGCUUUUUGAAAUUACUUACGUGCAAUGUGGGGAUGUGGAACUUGAGAAGAAAAUAGAUGAGAAGAUUGAUCAUUUCGUAAGUUGGGUGGAAAAACAUCCCAAUAAGAAAAGUCAGAUAUGCUUAUCGUUUUAUGAGGUGAAAAGCAAGCAGCCAUCUUGGUUCGCUAACAAAACCGAACGCUUAUAUUGGGAGCAAUGGUAUGUCAAUUUGAAUGUGAUUCAACACCCAAAACGCCAUUCAAGCAAGUCUCAUCAUACCAAAGUGGUCGUUGACCCCAGAGAGAGUGCUAAUGAGGAGAGAAGUUCUCAUAGAGUGAUGGUUGAAGCAUCUCUUCGAGAGGUUCUGUUUCAAAUAAUAAAGUUUGUUAAUGAGAAGAAGGACCAUCUACCGCCUAUAUCUGAGGGUGUCAUCUAUUUUCCAUAUGAAAUUACCAUACCAAGGAAAUUUCAAUGAGGAACAUGUUUAGAAAUGGUGAGUUAAUAUUGUGCUGCCAUGACUCAGUUCAUCAGAUUCUGCAUUCGGAAUGGACAUGAUCAAGAGGAUGCUCCACAGUGGGCAUCCAACCAUGCUCAGCUGAUUACCGGACUAAGCAGCACUCGGGUAAAAACCGUUCCACUACUCGAGAUAUUCUUAAAUGCAUGAAUAGAACUUGUAACAAAGCACAGCGAUGAUCAGAUGAAAGCUAAUGAAGCAGACAGGCAGGGUUAAAGGUAUAAUAGCAAUGUGCAUAAUUCGAAUCUAUCAGCUUGUAAAUAUCAUGCCAUCAUUCACUGUACAAUCCUAUUAC